GACACCGAGACUGAGAAGAAGAAGAAGAAAUUUGGAGCUUGUGAGGGGAAAACACCACAGGGAGAGCAAGCCUCCAGCGUAUCUUCGACCUGCUCGGUUUCACGCUGGAAGCUGGUCAGCGGAGGUUAGCCGACCCGUGAGCCGGCGUGCAGCCGUAGCAUGUCGGUACACUUCGAGGAGAGGAGCGGUGUCGUCCCCUGCAAGACGCCAUGGGGCUCCUGGUACCAGACCAUGGAGGAGGUCUUCAUUGAAGUCAACGUGCCUCACGGGACCACUGCUAAAGAGGUCAAGUGUCACCUGGGGUCCAGAGACAUCGAGCUGUUGGUCAAGGGAAAGGAAAUAUUCAAGGGAAAGUUAUUUGGAACAACUGUAUCAGAUGAGGCCACAUGGACACUAGAGGAUAAAUGUCUUAUCCGGAUCAUUCUGAUGAAGACCAACAGAGAAGCAGGGAACUGCUGGUCCUCGCUGCUGGAGGGGGAGUAUUGUGCGAAUGCUUGGGUCCAAGACCAGAUGCAGAGAAAACUCACUCUGGAGAGGUUUCAGCGAGAGAAUCCUGGAUUUGACUUCAGCGGUGCAGAGAUCUCUGGGAAUUUUGCCGGUGGCGGUCCAGACUUUUCCAGCUUACAGAAGUGACCCUUACCAUGAUGCUAGUACAUGCUUGAGGAGUUACCUCUGCCCAUCAUGCACAAUAUGCAGAACAACAGUGGAUUCAUUCGGUCUACUGUGACAAGAAUUUGCCUUGAGACGAACUAAAAAGCCUGGCUGUCACAUCAUUGGUCUCGUCCUCAAAGGACUGAUUUUGUGCAAACCAGAUGUGGGGAGUGGGAAGGCUCUACAAAGGAAGUUGAUAACUCUCGUUAUGAGAAUUUUCUGACAUGUUUUAAUAAAAACAAAGUGCACUCAGCAA